UUAUUAUUAUUAUUAUUAUUAUUGUUAUUUGAAAUAAACGAAAAAUAAAUAAUCGCCUACAUACACCUUUUUACCGAUAAAUCUUGACGGAAAAUCUCCCAAUUGGGAACCCUAACUUGAUCUAUUCCAAAGCAAGUUAUCAUCGAUUCAUCAUCGUCUGAUUUUUCAAAGUACCAUAUGCUGUAAUAUGCUUAUUAUUAACAAAUCAAUGCAAUGAAAACCCUCAUGAGCUGAGACAAAUAAAGGAUGGCAGACUUACCAGGUUAUCUGUUAACCUGUCUGUACUCUGGAAAACUUGCACUUUUGGCAAUUUUGGUAUCUGGAGGGAUCGUAUUGCAAAUACUAGCAUGUGUUUUGUACAAUAAUUGGUGGCCAAUGCUCACAGCAAUUAUGUAUGUGAUUCUCCCUGUGCCAUUGAUAUUAUUUGCUGGAGCAGAUACUUCUGUUCUGUUUGCCGAAUCUGAAAACAGUUGGGUGGAUGCGACCAAGUUCUUGACAGGAGCUUCAGCAGUAGGAAGCAUUGCGAUUCCUAUAAUCUUAAAGCAUGCAGAUGUAAUUACAUGGGGGGCCUUUGCAAUGGAGAUUUCGUCUCUUUUUGUGUUUGGUACUGCCAUAUUCUGUUUCAUUGGCCUCCAUAACAGUGAUGAUGGAGGAGGGUAUCAUUCCAUUUGAUCCAACCCCCAUCCCCAUCAUCAUCAUCAUCAUCAUCAUCCUAUGUAUUUGAGCCUCAUUUUAUUGUUUGUGUAAAUGUAUUUUAUUCUAUUGUGUUCUUUCUAGAGAAC